AUGGAAGAGGCUAUUGUGUCCUUAGCUGUUGAAAGAAUUUCAGAUUUACUCAUCCAUGAAGCUGUUUUCCUCAAAGAUGUGAAAGAUCAAGUUGAGAGCCUAAACGCUGAACUGAAGCGAAUGCAGUGUUUCUUGAAGGACGCGGAUCGCAAUCUUGAACAAGAUGCGCGUUUCCAGAAUCGGGUGUCGGAAAUCAGAAAUCUUGCUUAUGAUGCUGAAGAUGUCAUCGACUCUUUUAUUCUUAAAGCAGCAUAUCAACGAGGUUUUCAUGGGAUUGUCAAGAGAUUCACCUCCAUUUUCACCAAACCUUAUCAUCUGCACAAAAUCGGGGUGCAGGUCAAAGCAAUCAAGACCAAGCUCCAAAACAUUUCCGAGAAUCUUCCAGCUUUUGAAAUACCCGAUGAUGGAGAAGGCUCUAGCUCAAUUUUCAAGGUGCAGCAACAGUUUAGAAGGACAUACUCACAUGUCGAGGAAGAGGACGUUGUUAGCUUGGAAGUUAGCACGAAGGAUGUCAUGACCAUGUUGAUGUUUGAAGAAGAUAGACCCCACGCCGUGGUUUCCAUAGUCGGCAUGGGGGGCCUCGGUAAGACUACUCUUGCCAGAAAAGUAUAUAAUCAUGUUGAUGUGAGACGCCAUUUUGAUUUCUUGGCUUGGUUUUCUAUCUCUCAACAAUGUAAGCCGAGAGAAGUUUUGCUUAGUGUCUUGAUGAAAGUUCUCUCUCCUUCUAACGAUGAAAGAGAGAAAAUUGAGAAAAUGGACGAGAUUGAGCUGAGGAGAACGCUUUUUGAUGCUUUGAAAGAAAAGCGGUAUUUGGUGGUCCUCGAUGAUAUUUGGAGAAGCGAGGACUGGGAUAUUCUUAAACCUGCUUUUCCACGAGGAAGAAAGGGAAGCAAAAUAUUGUUCACAACACGAAUAAAAAAUGUGGCUUCACGUGCCGAUCCAUGGAGCACUCCCGUGGAGCUCUCACUUCUUACAGAUGAUGAAAGUUGGAAUCUUUUGUGUAGAAAAGCAUUCCCACGGAGCAAAAUGGGUUCUCAAUGCUGCUCAGAAGAAUUUGUGAAGCUUGGAAAAGAGAUGGUGAAAAAAUGUGGAGGCUUGCCUUUAGCAAUUGUUGUGUUGGGUUGCUUGCUGGCAACAAAACAGUCAGUGGCUCAAUGGGAGAUGGUUCAUAAAAACAUCCAUGGACACUUAAAUGAGCUCCCACACCAAGAUCGCCAAUAUGGUGCAGUGAACAGAAUUUUGGUUUUAAGCUACAAUGACUUGCCUUAUCCUUUAAAACCAUGCUUUUUGUAUCUUAGUCAUUAUCCAGAAGAUUGGGAGAUACCGAAAAAAGAACUCAUUCGUUUAUGGAUCGCUGAAGGUUUCAUUCCGGAAAACGAAGAAUUCUUGAUGGAGGAUUUAGGCCAAAAAUUCCUAGAAGAGCUUAUAGAUAGGAGCUUGGUUCAAGUUAGCAGGCAAGACUCUACAGGAACAAAUGUGGAGACAUGUCGAGUGCAUGAUCUCUUGAGGGACUUGUGCACGAAGAAAGCAAGAGAGGAGAAGUUCUUGGAAAUUAUUCAACAACCACUGCAUGAACUUGAAGUGACAUUGGCAGAAUCUAUGCUACGAAGAAUUUCUAUUCAUCCUAGUAAAUCGAAAGUUUAUUUGAAGGGAGAGCAUCCAAAAUUACGCUCUUUGUUGUUUUCUCAGAAUGAGGAAUUCGUAGAAUUAUGCAUUUCAAAAUACAAAAGCUUCAAAUUUUUAAGGGUGUUGACUCUUGCAAAAAGGGGCAACUACAAUAAGUGGUGGCAUGUGUCGACUGAAAUUGGUAAUCUCCAACAUUUGAGAUACUUGAAGUUACACUGCAAAAGCAAAAUUAUUUUGCCGCGGUCUAUUGGCAGGUUGAAGAAUCUGUACAGUUUAUACAUCAAGUGUUUUUGUGACAUUGUAAUUCCUGAUGGUGUGUUUAAGUUAGAACGUUUAAGGCAUAUUGUAAUAAAAUUGGGUGUACAUGGAUUUCGUUGGCGGCAAGGGUUCACUUCAAAAAAUAUUGAAACUUUGAAGUUCAUAGUGGUGGAUAAGAAGGCGGCUGAAAAUAAUGCGGUGCUUAGGUGGACUAAUAUUCAGAGUUUAGGAAUAGCAUUUACCAGAGCAGAAUAUGUGAAGCCUACCCUAAUCUUGCUAGCCAAAUUGCAACGCCUUAGGUCAGUGUCCUUAAGUUUUUUUGAUGGCUCACACCUAGACUUGGAACCCCUUUCUCAAUAUGAUCACCUCUCCAAACUGAAAUUACUGGGUCGGAUAGAAGAUGAGCCACAUCCGAACGGUCAGGUUUUGAAAUUUCUUCCAGCAAAUAUUGUCAAAUUAACUUUGGUUGACUGUGAGCUGAGCCAAGAUCCAAUGGCGGUAUUAGAAAAGCUAUGCCAUUUGAGGAUUCUCUAUUUGCAGGAAGCAUAUAUUGGGAGUGAAAUGGUGUGCUCUGCAAAUGGAUUUCCUAAACUUGAUUAUCUUCAAAUGUCUUGCUUACAUGAGUUGGAGGAAUGGGAAAUAGAAGAAGGUGCAAUGCCAUGCCUUCGAGAAUUGAAGUUGGUAUAUGUUGAGAGUUUAAGGAUGCUUCCAGAAGGCUUGAGGUACAUUACUACUCUCCAAGAAUUGAAUUUAAGAGGACUGCCUUCGUCAUUGGAAGAAAGGAUUGAAGUGAUAGAUGGAAGAGAAGGAGAGGAAUUCUAUAAAGUGCGCCACAUUCCCUCCAUCCACAUUAUUAAUUCGAUCCCAAAAUAAUAGGAGCCAACAUCACGUGAGCAUGUUCUUCAGAUAUUUCAUGUGCAAAAGAUGAUAGUUUAUCAGAGAGAGAUGUCAACUGCUGCUCCAAGAGAGUUACUGUUACAGGCCCAUUUUAACCCUUAGCCCAUUUAAAUUUUAAACCAAAACAAAAAAGGCCGGCCCAAUCUUCCAGCCCAAUCAGACUAGGGUUUCAGAAACUGAAACCCUAGUGCCCCACCCACUUGCGCCGUUGCCCCACUAGCACCAUCGCCGCAGCCUUUUGUCGCCCACAUGCAUGCUGCCACCGCCCUUUACAGCUCGCCUCUGCCAGCCACCGCAUCUCCACUUGCACCAAUGAGUACCUGCAAGCAAAAAGAAAAGGGAAAAGGAUAGCACAAGUGGUGUAUAAAAGCCGAACUCGGCUAUCAUUUUCGAGGGGGUUUUUUUUUACUGUAAUCGGAGGGGAAGGCUUUUUUUUUCUUUCUAACAUUUUCAUAGAUAAAGCAAAAAAAAAAAAAAAGAUUCAAGAAAGAAAAAAAUAAAGAAACAGAUCUAAAAAAAAAUCAAACACUCAAGGUGACUUUUUUUUUACGCAUUAGCCUUUUUAUUUCUUUCUUUAUCUGUGCAAAAGCAUAAAAAAUACAAAAAAAUUAAAUUUUUUACCGUUUUGAAUACACGGUGGCCGGAGCGACGCCGGUUUUGCCUUAAGGACUCCUACCCGCGCGUCGACCCGACCCGCAACCCAGGGUCCGCGUGUUUUUGUACGGGUGGGUUAUUUACAAUCGUGGCCCUUCCACAUUUAUGCUCUUUUUAAUUUGCUCCCUUUUCUCUUAUUUUCAUUUUCUUUUAAUUCUGCCCUGUAAUUUUGUUUGGAUUCCAAUCGGGUCCCUAACCCACUAACGCACUGAAAGGGACACAUGUCCCAAUAAUUGGAAUAUUUUCCAUUUUAGCCCUUUUCCUUUCAGCGCGCGUCGCGUUUUGGUCCUUUUUUAUUUUCAAAUUCGUCCAGUAUUUUU